AAGAACUUCUCCCUAUUUAUACCAUUUCCAUGAAGUGCUCGACAGCUCAAACCAUGGCCAUGGUGCAAGACAUCACCGGCUACCUGUGCCUCUCCUUGGCUCUCCUCUUGCUCACUCUCGUCCUCCACAAGGUGGCGAGGAAGGCGACCGGUAAUGGCGCCGGCAAGCCGAGGCUUCCGCCGGGGCCGUGGCGGCUGCCGGUCAUCGGCAACCUCCACCAGGUCGCGAUGGGCGGCCCGCUCGUCCACCGCACCAUGGCCGACCUGGCGCGCCGGCUGGACGCGCCGCUCAUGUCGCUCAGGCUCGGCGAGCUCCGCGUCGUCGUCGCCUCAUCCGCCAACGCCGCCAGGGAGAUCACCAAGACGCACGACGUCGCGUUCGCGACGCGGCCGUGGACCUCCACCAUCCGCGUCCUGAUGAGCGACGGCGUUGGGCUGGUGUUCGCGCCCUACGGCGCGCUGUGGCGGCAGCUCCGCAAGAUCGCCGUGGUGGAGCUCCUCAGCGCGCGCCGCGUCCAGUCGUUCCGCCGCAUCCGGGAGGACGAGGUCGGCCGCCUCGUCGCCGCCGUCGCCGCCGCCCCGGCGGCGCAGCCCGUGAACGUCAGCGAGCGGAUCGCGGCGCUCAUCUCCGACUCGGCGGUGCGCACCAUCAUCGGCGACCGGUUCGAGAGGCGGGACGAGUUCCUGGAGGGUCUCGCCGAGGCGAUCAAGAUCACCUCCGGGUUCAGCCUCGGCGACCUGUUCCCGUCGUCGAGGCUGGCCAGCUUCGUCGGCGGCACGACGCGGCGGGCGGAGGCGAACCACCGCAAGAACUUCGAGCUGAUAGAGUGCGCUCUGAGGCAGCACGAGGAGCGGAGGGCCGCCGGCGCCGUGGACGACGACGAGGACCUCGUCGAUGUGCUUCUCAGGGUUCAGAAGGAUGGGAGCCUCCAGAUGCCUCUCACCAUGGGCAAUAUCAAAGCCGUCGUCCUGGAACUUUUUGGUGCUGGGAGCGAGACAUCAGCUAAUACACUUCAAUGGGCGAUGACUGAGCUCAUAAUGAAUCCAAGAGUGAUGCUGAAGGCACAAGCUGAGUUAAGUAACGUCAUCAAAGGAAAGCAAACGAUAUCUGAAGAUGACUUAGUUGAAUUGAAGUACUUAAAACUUAUUAUCAAAGAGACCUUAAGGUUACAUCCUGUAGUGCCACUACUUCUCCCUAGGGAAUGUCGGGAGACAUGUGAGGUCAUGGGUUACGAUAUCCCCAUAGGUACUACUGUGCUUGUUAACGUAUGGGCAAUAGGUAGAGAUCCUAAGUAUUGGGAGGAUGCUGAGACAUUCAUACCUGAACGAUUUGAGGAUGGCCAUAUAGACUUCAAAGGAACAAACUUUGAAUUUAUACCGUUUGGAGCUGGACGAAGGAUGUGCCCUGGCAUGGCAUUUGCAGAAGUAAUCAUGGAGCUCGCUCUAGCCUCAUUGCUUUACCACUUUGAUUGGGAGCUCCCUGAUGGCAUCUCGCCAACCAAGGUGGACAUGAUGGAGGAGUUGGGUGCUACAAUUCGAAGAAAGAACGAUCUUUACCUUAUUCCUACUGUCCGUGUGCCUUUGUCAACUGUCUUAUAGUUGUUUACACUUAUAAAUAGUAUGUUUGUCUCGUAUGUACGUGUCUAAAUGAUAAGCUAUGUAACUUUUGAUGAUGUGUACUCCUACUUCCUAUCCUACCUAUUAUAAAUUAUUAUUUAAGUUUAA